AUGAUUUCUUGCGCGAGUGCUAGGUCCUUCGUCAACAUUACGUUCUACCUACCCCCCUUAGUCCGCAUUGCAUCCAUCCAAAAGAAUACCAGGUCGGAGAAGAACAGCCCUGCACCGGAAGUCAAGCAGGACACGAAGCCGGAGAAGCCGGAGGAGAUCCAGGCCGCGGUGGCGAAACUGGUUUCUGAGGGCAAGAAGGCCAUCGCGCUCAGGCAGUGGGAGGAGGGUGUUGGCAAGUAUGCCGACGCGCUCGAUCUUCAACGCGAGCUUGUCGGUGACUUCGACCCCACUAUGGCGCCCCUCCUCCUUUCGUACGGCAAGGCGCUGUACGAGCUCGCUCUCUCGCAGCAGGGCGUCAUGGGCCGCGAGGAGGUCGCUAAGAGCACCAACCCGGCUGCUGCUGAGCCGUCCGCACCGGCGGCGAAGGGCAACUUUGUCUUCGAGGGCGAUGGCGACGACGGAGACGAGGAGGAAGAGGGUGAGGGAGAGGAGCAGGAGGGAGAAGGGGAGGAGAAGGGACAGCAGGAGGAGGGCGAGGAGGAGCCGGAGGAUGACUUCAACGCUGCCUGGGAGGUCCUCGACGUCGCCCGCACGAUCUACGCCCGUGAGGUCGAAAAGCUUGCCAAGGAUGAGGGCAAGGAGACGAAGCUCCUGCUCAGCGAGUGUUACCUUGCGCUUGGAGAUGUGUCUUGCGAGACUGAGAACUUCGACCAGGCUGUGAAGGAUUACGAAGCUGCCGUCAAGCUGAAGGCGUCUCUGCUCCCGAAGUCCUCCCGCGCCCUCGCCUCCGCCGAGUACCAGCUCGGCACCGCGCUCGAGUUCACGCCAUCUGGCCGCCCCGCGGCUCUCGUCCACGUGCAGGCCGCUCUAGACGGUUUCAAGGCGCGCCUCGCCGAGCUGACCUCGACCUCGGAGCCCUCUCCCGACGUCGCCAAGUUGAGCGAGAAAGAGCGCGACAACGAGCGCAAGGACGUCGAGGCGCUCAUCGGUGACCUCGAGGUGAAGAUCGAGGAGCUCAAGGCGGCCCCGGAGGGCGGCGACAUUGUGUCCGAGAGCAUUAACCAUCUCCUCGGCGGCCAGGGCGGCGAGGUCAAGGCUGACGCUGGGCCCGUGAACGACCUGACGAGCAUGGUCAAGAAGAAGAAGAAGCCGUCUGCUGCCCCCGCGCCGGCAGCUGAGAAGAGGAAGGCCGAGGAGCAGCCCGAGGGCACGCCGGAGAAGAAGGCUAAGAACUAG